AUGAAUCAUCCCCUCUGAGAUGCCUACCACCCAGCCCAACGACGACAGCCCUCCAGCCUUCGAGCCCGUCAACAACAUCGAGCUCUCCUCCAUCAAGGACACUAAAAUCGUCAAAGUCAGCGUCUACAACAACCGCGCGGAGAUUACUCGCCACUGCAAGUUUACCGUAAGCACCGGACAGAACGUGGUGCAAAUCAAUGGAUUACCGAAUGCCAUCGAGUCCCAGUCCUUGAGGGUCGAAGGACGGGGCCCCGCUACCAUACAUGAUGUUGUUCUGUCUACGAUACCUCCUCCUCCUAUUGCCACCACAUCCGCCAAACUCGUUGACCUCCAGGACAAACGCGAUCAGCUCCAAAAAGCUUUGGGUAGGGUCAGGAAGGCCCUUGGCUCACUCGAGAGCUAUCUCGGUACAAUGAACGUGCAAUACAUCGAUCCCACCACGCUCACAGCCGUCGUGGACAACUAUGACUCUGCCGCUGAGAAACUUGAUGACCGAGUCUCAAAGUUGGAAAAGGAGCUCAAAGAUACUGAGGAUGCUAUCAGAACUGAGCAGGUCGCAUUGUCGAGUCCCCCAGAGGCAAAUAGCCUCUUGAAACACCGUGUGUCCGUUGGCGUGUUUGCAGAUUCUGGCGGCGAGGUCGAAAUCAUCUUAAUAUAUGCUGUUAAUCGUGCCAGUUGGUACGCCGGUUACGACGUUCGAGUCAACACACAGGCAAAAGAGACUCCUGUUACCCUUAUCUAUAAAGCUAACAUCAAGCAGUCUACCGGCGAGUCUUGGGAAGACGUCCCUCUCACUCUCGAAACCGUCACACCCACUUAUGGUGUCGGCGUUCCCACUCUCGCUCCCUGGAAGCUCUCCAUGUACAAGCCCGCUCCGCCACCUCCACCAUCAGCUCCAAUGAUGAUGAGUCGGAGCAUGACCGGUGGUUUCCGCAAAAAAUCUAUGGUGGCAGAAAGCGAUGAGGACAUGGGAUUCGCAAUGUUUGAUGAAGGUCCUCGUUCCAGCAUGGCACAUAUUGGAUCGGCCAUUACUUCGAAGGGUAAUGUCAGCGCAACUUACAGGGUCCCUGGUCGCAUUACUAUCCCUACUGAUGGGGAUGAGCACGUCUUUACAAUAGUCCAGUUGGAACUCGAUGCGUCUAUGUCAUGGGUUUCAGUUCCAAAGGUUGAUACGAAAACUCAUUUGAAAGCUAAAAUUACCAAUGCGUCCGACUAUUCUUUGCUCGCUGGUUCGGCGAGUAUCUACGUUGACGGUAGUUUUAUCUCGCGGUCUUCGUUGCCUGCAGUCAGCCCUCAAGAGAGCUUUGAUUGUCCCCUAGGGCUGGACCCAUCUCUCCGUAUCACAUACCACCCUCAAAGCAAAAAGGUCUCCCAAAGUGGUUUCUACACUAAAUCCUCCAACUACAUCUACACCCAACGCAUUUCUAUCCACAACACCAAAGCGACGGUCCCCGUCGAGAACCUCAAGAUCCUCGACCAAAUUCCUGUCUCUGAAGACGAGCAGAUCAACGUCAAGCUGGUCAACCCUGCGUUGUCGCUUCCCGAUACGCAUAGCAUAAGGACAAUCAAGGGUUCGACGACGAAUGCGCCGAGGGCUGUUCCGCAUGUUCAAGUCAGCGAGGGUGUGGUGGCGCAAUGGGAAGGAUCAGAUGAGAGUGGAAUCGACGUUGAUGCCCUUGGUAAGGAUGGAAAGAUUAAUUGGCUGUGCACGGUCCCGCCACAGGGUAAAUUGAACCUUGUGAUGCAGUGGGAGGUGUCGACGCCGGCUCGUGCGAAUGUUACUGGGUUAUAGUUAGUUAUCUGUUGUUGCUCUUAUAUAUUUCUAGACUGUACAUGUACCUUGUAUUAUGAUUUCGGUUACUGUACUAUCAUCAUGUUCGAUUAUCAAUUUCUCAUUUUGAUUUCCCAUCGUAUUUUUAUCAGGAAGCCAGUAAUAGUCUACACAAUUUCUUUUGGCGAGUACAGGUAUCUGGCUGUGUAUUAAUGACUUGAUGAAGAUUCCACGUCCAAGGCGAAGCUCGGCCUGAUUAAUAUCGCAUUUCAUUUUCCUUGUGAAACACGGCGAAACGCCACCAACGAGCUGAUCCUUCCACAAUAGCAAAGGGCUCGAGUACUCUAUUUUGCGAAUCAGAACUUGAAAUGUGAUCAGAACAGAAAAACAUAGAAUGAGGGGCCGGUAUCUCCGAGCACGGCAAUAUCCGCGCCACCA